CCGAGAGGCCCUGAGGGCCACGUGGGGUCUCCAGAUUGUCGCGAAAAUCCGGAGAUGUUUCGGGCCUGGGGGACACUUCCGGCAGACCCCCGGUGCAGGCGGGGCGGAGCGCGCCGCGGAAGGCGGUGCGCCGCGGUUGUACGCGGUCGGCGGCCGCGCGGCCAUCUCGUCGGGCAUGCUCGGCGGCCGCGUGCCGCAGGCGGACGCCUCGGUGCGGCUGCUGGACACGGGCUCCGACAGCUGGCAGCAGGUGGCGUCGAUGCAGACCGCGCGCGUGGAGCACCAGGUGGCCGUGGUGAAGGGCAGCAUCUACGUGACCGGCGGGCGCUCCGGCUCCACCGCCCUCUCCUCGUGCGAGCGCUUGGCGCCAGAGGAGGGCAUAUGGGAGCCGCUGCGCAGCAUGCGGACCGCGAGGAGCGGCCACGCCAUGACGCCGCUCCAGGGCUCGCUGUUUGUCACGGGGGGCACGGGGCAGCCGGGCUCCCACCUCGCCGACUGCGAGUCCUUCGACCUCGAUUCGGGCAGGUGGCAGCACGCCCCGGGCAUGUCGAAGGCGCGCUACGGGCAUGCGGCCGUGGUGCUGAUGCAGGAACUGUACGUUGUCGGGGGCGGCUCGGCCAGCAGCCUGGAGGAGCUGGCGUGCGAGUCUUUCAACACUUUAGGCGAAGCGUGGACGCCGCUGCCCCCGUUGCCGUCGCCCUGGGAACGCCUGAGCGCGGCCACGGUGGAAAACAGGCUGUACGUUGCCGCGUCGGCGGCGAGCGGGCCAGUGGCGAUCGCAUACUGGGACCCGGUGGACCCUGGCUGGGGGCGGCUUCCCCCGGUCGAGCAGCUCCACGUCUGCACCGCCGCGGCCGGGGUCUCCCAGAGGCUCUACCUGCUGGGCUCGCACCACCCCGGCCGGGGCCUCCAGGGGUACAAGAGCGCUUGCCUGCGCUUCGAUCCAGCCACUGGGCGCUGGGAGCAGAUGCCGCCCACGACGGAGGAGCUCUCGCCCUGCCACCUCUUCGCGGCGGGCGGCAGCCUCCACGCGGUCGGGGAGAGGGCGCCGCGCUCCGCGGCCAGAGGCGGCAGCAGGCGCGACCGGGGCAGCGGCGGCGGCUGCGGCGACGCCGCCGCCUGUGGGCUCGAGCGCUUCGACGCGGAGUUGUGCAGGUGGGAAGCGCUGCCGCCGCCCCCGUGCCCAGGCUGCCAGGUGGCCUGCGUGGACCGGAGGUCUUCCUGAGGACUGGGGUCGGAGAAGAUGGGGCGGACGGCAGCCACGGGGCAAGAAGCGCAGGAGGAGCGAGGAUUUCAGGAGAGUGGCCCUGAAGAGUCCCUUGUUGGCCCCAAUACCCGAG